CCGAUCUCCAUUCACUAUGCCAACCAUCGACCCCGUCGCCGUCGUCGUCUCCACCGUCCUCGCCCUCAUCAUCGCCUACAUCCUCCUCUCCAAGCCCCCCACCCGCGCCACCCCUAAGCGUCACGGCUCCCCGCCCCCCGCACCCAAAGAAGCGCCCUCCAAACUCCUCUCCAAGCCCUCCGGUGCUGCCGUCGCUGCUCAGAUGUCCAUCAUGUCCGCGCCCGCUGCCGACCUGGCCCCGCCCAAGGUAAGUCUUGCGGAGGCGCGGCAGGCCAUGUGCGGAAACCACACCUCCGCAGUCCCGAACGCCCAAGCGGCGGCGAGUCGCCAACCGACCGCGGCCGCGCCGCGCCGCCGCGCUUGCUUGCCGCUUCCGCCAUGUCCACCUACACCUACACCUACACCUACACUACACCUACAUUCCUCCCCAUGCUGACGCCAGUCCACGCUCAUCUCCGUGUCCGAGCUCGCGCAGUGCGACGGCAAAGACCCGUCCAAGCCCAUCUGGGUCGCGAUCAAGGGCAAGGUGUACGACGUGACGUCCAAGCGCGAGAUGUACGGCCCGGGGGCGGGAUACAAUGUGUUCGCGGGGCGUGAUGCCAGCCGCGGGCUCGGCAUGUCGUCGCUCGACCCCAAGGAUGCUGUGAGCGACUACUCGACGCUCAAUGAGGCGCAGAUGAAGACGCUGGACCAGUGGGACUCGUUCUUUGCCAAGCGCUACAACAUCGUCGGCAAGGUUGUGCCUUAGAGAUGCAGUCAGCAGUGUAUUUUGAGUUGGCGAGUUGGCGCGGGAGAGCUGGC